UCAUUUUCUUUGGUAGAAAUGUAGAGUACCUCAUACACCUAUCUUGAAACUUCCGGAGUUUUAUCCAUUUCGUCUCACUGCGUAGUUCAACGGUUUCUCUCCCGCUUUCUUUACAGAUUUCGGGUCAAACGAACGAGAAUGACAACGACUCAGCUUACUGCAUCAACUAUCUCGGCAAAGGGUUUUGCUCUAUUCGAAGGGCUCAGGUCUUCCAGUACCGUCAAAAUCGCAUCUUUUGCUCCUCCCCGGCAGAAUAUAAGCCGGAGUUUCCCUGCCCUCGUCGUCAAGGCUGCCACCACCAUUACCCCCAAGUACACUUCACUAAAACCAUUGGGCGAUAGAGUACUGGUAAAGUUAAGACCUGCAGAGGAGAAGAGUGUUGGUGGUAUCUUACUUCCAACAACUGCACAGUCAAAACCCCAGGGUGGUGAGGUUGUUGCUGUUGGAGAGGGCCGUGAAAUUGGGAAGAAUAAGGUGGAAAUCAGUGUGAAGGUUGGAACCCAAAUUGUGUACUCGAAAUAUGCCGGGACAGAGUUAGAGUUCAAUGGAGCAAAGCACCUAAUAUUAAAAGAGGAUGACAUUGUUGGUAUUCUUGAUACAGAUGAUGUCAGGGACUUGAAACCCCUAAAUGACAGAGUUCUAAUUAAGGUUGCUGAAGUUGAGGAAAAAACUUCGGGAGGCUUGUUGCUUAGUGCUGCAAGCAAGGAGAAGCCUUCCAUUGGCACGGUUCUGGCUGUCGGGCCUGGUCCUCUCGAUGAAGAAGGGAACAGGAAAUCUUUAUCAGUUUCUACGGGAAGCACUAUCCUCUUUUCCAAGUAUGCUGGAAAUGAAUUUAAAGGUGUUGAUGGUUCGGAUUACAUUGUGUUGAGGGUGUCUGAUGUAAUCGCGGUGCUUUCUUAGUUCCCUAUUGCGCUUCCAUGCACCACUACUUUUCUACAGGGCUUUUGGGGGGAGGAAAAUGCUGUAAUCAUGCAGAAUGGAAUAGCCAUCUUGAAGAAAAAACAAUGUGUAAUUUGUGUUUUUUGCAGUUAAUUGACUCGAGUUCGUAACUGAAACAGGAUUUUGAAGGCUCCAUCUAGCAUGUUGGAAACUACAGCACCUGAAAUGCAUUAUUACAAAUUGUUUAAAUGCUGGUUUUCAAGUUUUGUGACAAUAUUAGUGAAGAAAUUUUUUUAAUUA